AUGAAAUCCUCUUCCAAACCCCGGCCCGCAGAUGGGACCAAGUCGAAGCACGGCUGGCGCUUCUGGGCCGUCUUCCCAGGGCUCUGUUUCUCUGUACUGCUAGUCGGCCUGGACACGUCCAUCGUGACCACGGCGCUCCCCACAAUCGUCAACAGCCUGCACUCAGGCGCUCUGUACGUCUGGGUUGUCAAUGGUUACUUCCUCAGCACGGCGGCUGUCCAGCCUGUCUUUGGCCAGGCCUCCGACAUCUUUGGGCGGCGAAACCCCCUUUUGAUCCCCAUCGCACUAUUCACACUGGGCAGCGGGAUGUGUGGUGGUGCAAGCGACACCGCAAUGCUUAUCGCCGGAAGGAUCAUCCAGGGCCUCGGUGGCGGAGGGCUCUUCAUCUUCGUCGAUAUCAUCGUAGCCGACCUUGUGCCGCUCCGCGAAAGGCAAAAGUACAUGGCCCUCGUCACGGGCACCUUCGCGCUGGGAACUUUCAUCGGACCCAUAAUCGGAGGCGUUAUCGCGACCAAUCAAUAUAUCCUGGCGUUGGGCCGGGAGGGGAGCCUUGUGUCGCGCCUCGGCCGGGUUGAUCUGUCUGGGAACUUCCUCCUCAUGGCGUCCGUCGUCGCUGUCCUCAUCGGCCUAACAUGGGGCGGCACCCUCUACCCAUGGAGCUCAUUCCACGUUCUGGUACCGCUCCUGAUCGGAGUCGCGGGCCUGUGCGUCUUCUAUGCCCACCAGAAGUACUUCGCAAAAGAGCUCACGAUGCCGCUCCGUGUGUACAGCAACACCACAUCUCUGCUGUCAUUUGUGCUGUCCUUCCUCCACGGCAUCGCCAUGAGCUGGCUCAGCUUCUUCCUCCCGGUCUACUUCCAGGUCCUCCUGGAGGCGUCCCCUCUGCAGUCGGGCGUUAACCUCCUUGCCAUCAUCAUCCCGCUCAUGCCCGCUGGUAUCGCGGGUGGCCUCAUCAUCGCCAAGACUGGUCGCUACAAGCCGACGAUGAUCGCAGGCCAUGCCCUGCUCGCGCUCGGCGCCGGCCUCCUCGUUACGCUUGACGCACACUCAUCCACGGCUGAGUGGGUAAUCUUCCAGAUCAUAGCUGGCGUAGGCGCUGGCCUGGCGCACACCGCAGCCCUGCCGGCUAUCCAAGCCCCACUGGCAGAAGCGGAUGUUGCGGUGGCGACGGCGUCUUGGGCAUUUGUCCGUAGCUUCGGCUCCAUUUGGGGAGCUGCCACCCCUGCGACCAUUUUCAACUCUCGCGUUGACAGGAUGCUAUAUACCAUCAGUGACACUGCCACCCGUGAGCUUCUGCAGCGUGGUGGUGCUUAUGAACACGCGACGGUCAACUUCAUGAAGGCGUUCAAUGAAACACCAGAGCUAAAGAAAGAGCUCGUCGACGUCUACACCGCAGGGAUUAAGGAGGUAUGGCAAGUCCUGAUUGCUUUUUGUGUGAUCUCUGUGCCCAUCGCCUGCGUGCUGCAUGAGGUCCCUCUGCGCAAGGAGCUCGUCACUGAGUUCGGGCUGAAGGAUGAAGACGAGGGCGAAGGCCCUCACGAGAUGUCCAGUGGCAAUAAUGCAACUGAAUCGAGCCAAAGGUGA